AUGCGUCUCUGUACUUUCCUGCUAACUCGUGAAACUCUUGAAUUGUUAGAUAGAUUAUGCUUGAUGGCUCAUUAUGAGACAACUCCUGAAGUUCUUGUUUUAACCUUCCCUGGACAAGGAGACGGCGGAAUCGAUUUGAUUAGAAAAAUAAUGGAUCCAACUAUUGGCACGAAUCCUCUUGAUUUCCAAAUUCUUUCGAUACUUGGAAGUACUCAAAUGAUUCAAAUCGAACGUCGUCGGAACCCUCGAGGGAUAUUCGAUUUCCCACGAGGAAGUCACCGACGUCUUCUGAUUCAGAUGAAUGCAACUGAGGCGUUCCGUGAUAUGAUAGUUAACUACAUCACUGGCAGAGCAUACUUGGAACCUUAUGUUUGGAACUAUUUUGUCGGUGGAAAUUAUGUGAAGUAUUUCGAGGCCAGUGAUAGAGCAAGACAAAUACAACCUUAUCCAGUUCUUGGAAGAUACAUGCCCCCUUAUCCUAACAGAGCUCCAGUCAAUGCGCCGCAGCCUCCCCAGCAAGAAAAUGGUGCUGAUGAAGAGAUCGAUGUAGAGAAUAGUAAUGACUCUCGAGCAUCAUCUGUACUCGGUGCCGCAUCAGGAACACCAUAUUCUCCUCCAUACUCUCCACACUCCCCGAGAUAUUCUCUAUUCGCUGAUGAGCCAGAAGAGGGAGUGCCUCCGGAGCCAGCCAACAUACCACGUCCACCAACACCUCAUGCACCACCAAAUCCACCUGCUGAGAGAUUACCAAAUAGACCAGUAGCAAGAGCCCAAAAUAGGAUUGACAAUAACAAUCGUCCAGGACCAUCCCGACACGCGUGGCCACCACCACCACCACCACCAUAUCAUUCUAUGCAUAAUUAUGCUCCAUAUGACACAAAUCGUAGAUCAUAUCAAAACGCCCCACCCAAUUACGAUUAUCAGUAUAUGAACUCUCGUUAUUCCUAUUUGCUUCAGUUACCACUUUGA